AGAGGAGACGAGAGGAGAGGAGGGGAGGACGAAGAGGGAAAAGACUCGAAGAGAGGAAGGGUGACAAAGCCCCCUUUUUUUUCUCCGUUAAAAAGGGGAGAGAAAAAGGGGAGAAUUUCCUUUUGACAAGGCACAUAAGCACAAGCGCAAGCGGCAGCAGUGGGGGAAAAGGAAUCCCCGCACGAGCUAGCCCUCCCUUCACUCUCUUUUUCUUUUAUCUUUGUUGCUCCGUCGCGCAUUAAUUUUGAUCCCUUUCUCAUCUGAAGCUGAAGCUGAGAGAAAACGGAAUGCUACACACAAUUUGGAGUCUUCCUCUCUGCCAUUAGUUUUCUGUGGAGUGUCAUUUUCCCAUAUAUACUCUUCUCAGCCUAAAUAAUCCCUUCCCGAGCAUCAAAGUUUCUGUCUCUCAUCCACAACUAGCUCCCAAACAUUGACAUGCAUCCUCUCUCUCUCUCUCUCUCUCUCUCCCUGCAAAUUGAGCCUUUCUCUUCUCCCAUCCAUCCUUCAAAUCCUAGGGGAUAACUAAAAUCUCUAUAAAUAAUAAUAAAAAAAAACCUUCUUUGUUUGUUUUGCUCUUAAUUAGUCCUCUUAUCUUCUUUAAUUUUCCCAAUCCUUAACUAGCUAGUCUGGUAAUUCUUGUCCUGCUUAGCUUCUCAAACCUAGGAGAGCUAGCACUCCAAGAUCCUUCCAAAUUGUUUGUUCUUUUGCUUUCUUCAUAUAUAUAUUGAUCGAUCAGGUAGCGAACACAGACAACACAAGCUGCUCCAAACCCUCGUCUGCCUCUUUCCCCCCCUCUCUCUCUCUCUCUCCUUUCUUCUUCACUUUGGAAACAAGAUCCUUUCUCUUCUUGCUCUCAACACUUUGUGAUUCAUUAGGUAGAUAUUGUAAUGUCCAAUUCCAGUCGGCCAUCGAGAAGAAAGCCUUAAUCGAGCAAGGAGUAGCGGAAAGGAGGGGAAGGAGACAUGGAAAUGCCAAUGGAGACCGCCAUGACGACGUCAUCGCCGGACCUCUCCUUGCACAUCAGCCCUCCAAACGUCAGUCCUGCUGCUUCAGUAAUUUGUGCAACCGCCAGCGAGUCCUCCCGCAGCUUCCUGGAGGACGUCGAAGAUGAUGCCGCUCGCACCGAGCUCUCUCUUUCUUACCCUUCCACUACGGCGCCGACAGCCGAAAGCAUGCGGUGGCCGCCGCCGAGAUUGUCGGAGAACCACCAAUCGCAUAUGCCGCAGCUGGAUCGCUGCCACAUUACUCACCGUGCGAUCGGGGGCACCUCCUUCGAUGGGCUGACGCCGAUAAAAGGCAUCCCAGUCUACAACACAAAUUGCAGCAGCGCGGGGGCCAGCACGCCGCCUCUCCCUUUCUUCCCCUCCGAUCCAAAGCAUCAAGCUGCUGCCUCCGCCUUCUCCUCCCACUGGCCCUCCUCCUCGUCGUCCAAUUUCGACGCGAUGCCGUCGUCCUCAUUCCUCGCCCCCAUACCUAGCGCAGGCGCGUCUCCUUAUCACCGUAUUCUCCCUCACCACCCGUCGUCGCGGAUCAACGGCGCUGCCUUUUCACCGGAGCUUCUGAUCAAGAACCACCACCCGCACCAUCAUCAUCAGCACUUCCACCACCACCACUACAACAAUUACGGCAUGAUCAGGCCCUUCGAAGCUUCCAAUCACGCCAGCAUGCUGAUGCGGUCGCGGUUCCUCCCGAAGCUGCCAGCUAAGCGCAGCAUGCGCGCGCCGCGGAUGCGGUGGACCAGCACCCUCCACGCCCGCUUCGUCCACGCCGUCGAACUCCUCGGCGGCCACGAGAGGGCAACUCCAAAGUCGGUUCUCGAGCUCAUGGAUGUCAAGGACCUCACUUUAGCUCAUGUGAAGAGCCAUUUGCAGAUGUAUAGAACUCUGAAAACCACUGACAAGCCUGCUGCUUCCUCAGGCCAGUCAGAUGGCUCAGGCGAAGAGGACUUAUCUCCGAGCAAUGUUGAUCUCAACAUAGGACGGCAGAUUAUGGAGCACAGAGUCUCAGAUGGAGCUAAAACCUUGGACUUCCCUUCCACCAUUGCUAACACCUCUACUAAGUGGACUAACUCAUCAAGCCUGAGUGGAUGGACUCAAAAGAGCUGUGAGCUAGAUGGGGUGCGUCCAGCUGAAUUCUCCUCAUCUGACAUUGAGGAUAAUGAUCCUUACAAUCAACCAGGAGCCUCAGAAGAACUCAGAAAUCCUAGCUUGGAGUUCACUUUAGGUAGACCAGAUUGGAAUGGGACUGAGCAUGUUUGAUAUAUAUGAUAUGAUCAUUUUGGUAUUUUAGAUAUAAGCAUCACGCCAAACUUUAUAUUCACGCAAUAUAAUUAAUGGAGGGGGAGAGGAAAGGAGGGUCAUAUGAUGCCAUGAAGAUGCACUGAAGCUUGCUACAAAUUGAACUUGGUCUCUAGCUCUUGCAGAUAGCAGUAGUACAGUACUUUCGAGCCAUUCUCCUCUUUUUCCUUUCUCUUUUGUCUGAUUAAACUUUAGUCACUGGCAUGGCAUAUGACUAAAGGUGAAGGUGGUCAUGGGGUUAUUUUACACAUGGAAAGUUGAAAUUGUAAGACGUAAAAAAAAGUUAAAGGUAGAAAUUGUAUGGUUGAGGCAACAAGCACAGUAUAAAUUAAUUAAUCUACUUUCUCCAAUAUUGGCUAUAUAUAUCACUUUCAUUAUCAA